UCACAGGGCAAUUUCGCUUCCCUUUUAUUUUACAGAAAACAAGGAAGAGUCAGUGGGGUUCAGCUUAAAAAAAAUUGCUUGCCAUGGAGGAGAGGAUUUUUCCAUGUACGCUUCUGUGUCUGUUGCUGUCAGGUGUCGGUGCCGUUACUGUUACCAUCCCCCAAAGUCAGUAUGAGUAUGCCAGAGGGGACAACAUCACACUGCCCUGCUCCUUUAUAACUACAGCUACGAUAACCUCCCGGACACAAGUCGUCAUCACUUGGUCUUCUUUGACUCAACAAACUCCCAUUGAUGAGACAGUGAUCGCCACCUACUAUCAUGGCCCUACCCCCGUCACUGACAUAGACACUGACUAUGAAGGUCGGGUGUCCGUGGAUGUAGAUGUCACUCAGGGAAAGGCUAACAUGAAGCUUUUCUCCAUCUCACUAGCUGACAAUAAAAAUUUUGAGUGUCGUGUGCAGAUCCCAGGUGACAAGAAGGGCAAACAAACUGCCAUCACAAACUUGGUGGUUCUAGUGGCCCCCUCUACACCCGUCUGUAAGAUCCAGGGAACAGCACAGUAUGGCCAGAAUAUCACCUUAACCUGUGCGUCUGCAGAAGGAUCUCCAACGCCCACUUAUAGCUGGAAACAUUAUUGUGAGCAUAAUCAGCCAGUUCCUCAAGACCCCCAAACCACUGACAAGGACGGCAUCCUGUCACUGUACAAUAUCUCCAAAGAUACAUCAGGAUUCUACAUCUGCACCUCACAGAACAAGCUCAACGCUGCUACCUGCAACCUCACCAUCUCACUCAUGCCACCAUCCAUGAAUGAUAUUACCACUGGAGGAAUAAUAGGCAGAUUUCUUGCUUACCUGGUCUUUCUCAUUAUCAUCAUCAUCAUCAUCAUCAUCUUCUUCUUCUUUUGCCAAAAUAAAUAGCAAUGAGAAGAAUGACACUGCAGGGUAAUGUUCCUCGUUCUGGAAGAUUCAAGCAUCUUUUUAAAUAAUUUUUAUGAGACGACUGGGAGAAAGAAGACACUUCAGGAUCCUUUUCAGAGGAGCAGGGACAUUCAGUGCUUUUCUCCCCCCUGUUCUUUCAACCCCCUUACCCCCCCCCCAAAAAAAAUAUAUAUAUAUAUUUAAAAGUCACAUAUUUGUCUUACGAUGCCUUUACUGCCACCAGACCAGAGUCUACACAAGUAUUUGAUUAAUAUUUCCUUUCCAAGCUGUAUAGAAAGAGGACAAUGCGACCAACACUGUGUCAUUUCUCUAUAAAUGAGGUUUGUUCUUUUCUUGUAAUUAAGGAAUUUAUUACUAUCACACAAUUUUACAUCUAGCCCGUUAAAUUCUUUCUGUGUGAUCUUUCUGUACACGCAUUAGGUUUAUCUGUGAACUGUGUACAAGUGUGACUUCGCUGCCGUUCACUCUGUGUUGGUCACAUUCUGAUGUGAGUCAUUGCUGGAUUGCGUAGAGGCAGAAACCUAGACUACCUUCAGUUUUCUAUCAAGUGCUUUCUGUUUCUGUAUUUUUUUAAAACCACAGUAUUAGGGAAACAAAAAUUAGAACUUCCACUUUUCUUUGACUGUAUGAAUUUCAGGACUCAGUCGCGGUUAGCUGCUGCUAACUGCAUGGAUUUCGUUUUCCGAUUACUUAAUCCCCAAAGCAUCAGGAGAGUGACCAGAUACACCAAAUGGUUAUUACUGUCAGCCAUAGUACUCUCACUAACAAUUUAUCCCCUGAAUUAUAUUUGCAUGUGUUUAUGCACAAGUUGGGGAAGCAGUGUAUAGUAGUAAAACAACUGUCUGACUGUGCAAUUGCAUUAGGCUUUCCAAUGAAGUGUUGGCAACAUCUAUGUGGUUUUCGUUUUUUAUGAAAUACAUUUAAAGAAGUGGAAAGUGUGAGGGUGGCUGUUCAAAAGGAAGAUGGAUUGAUCGACAGACGGACCUCACCUAGACUUCUGCAUUUCAAAUUGGUGUGUUUGCAUGCUGAUGAGAAGCUGGUCUACUUGCUGAUGCUGAGCUAGCUUUUUUAUUUACAUUUAUUCUUUUACUUACUUGUUUACUGCUUUAAUACCACACAAGUGGGACUAAUAUGGCUUUAAAAUGUAAAAUCAAGUGACUGAGAUCUCCUGUGUGACAUUUUUACUCUGGAGUGUGAUUUUUCUUGUUAUAGUACUCUGCUUUGCACUGUAAGAAGUGACAGUGUUAUGUAGUCUGUGGUGUGUUGGCUGUGUGUAUUUUAGCACAUAUCUAACCACUUGUUUUCCUGUUAGUGGCACCCACCUUCUAUAUGCAGGUCUUCACAUCUGCAGCUGUGUAACUGCUGGAUAGACAUGUUGCAGCAGCCAGUGGCUGUUAAAGUCCCUGAUAGAGUCUCUUCUUUUUCCUCCUGUCUGUCCAGAGCUCCUGGGUUUCUAAUUAUGCUUUUCUAACACACAUUUGCACAUUAUCUGUAAGUCCAUGUAAAUUUGUGCAAUCGCAUUGAUUUAAGAAUCUGAUUAUGGUCAGCACUAAGGCAUCAAAAUCCUGUUUUGCAGUUAUGCUUAAUCUGUUACUGUAUGUUUUUUGUUUUGUUUUGGGGUUUUUUUUUACUAUGUUUUAUAAAUAUUUUGCUCUUUUACAAUUUUUUUUUACUGCACUAUACUGCUGAGUGACUGUCUUCUGCUCGUCAAGUACAUUUCAUUGCAGUGUUGACCCUAACUUGCAUAUGAAAAAUAAAAGUGAAA